AUGGCCUCAGUUAUCUUCUAUCUUCAUGGCAAAUCGCCCGAGGCGGAUGGCGUCUCCAUUGUCGUUUCCUCUACCAACACUGUUGAACAAAUACGCAACGAUGUAGCUCAGAAAUUCAGCAUCGUGAUGCCCAACUCGAUUUCGUUUCACAAGGCAGCACCGUCAGAGACUAUCCCGAAUGACCUCCAACUUCUCGAUACUGUGGACGCCAUCCUCGGGGAAAAAACUGUCGCGUUGCUGAUCAGUGGCAAAAAGGUUCGACCAGUCCCUGGUCCCACCGGUGGACUGCCGAUUAUAGGCAGCUACGGAGAGAUUUAUCCCGACUUCAUUGGUAAUUACCAGCGGCUACUGUCCAAAUUUGGCCAUAUCGUUCAUGUCAGCUACCUCGGAAAGGACGUCUACCUCACCGACGACCCCGACUGUGCCUCGUAUGUUCUAAGUGAGAGCGAAUAUUAUAGUAAACUCGUCGGCGACAAUCAUCCACUUUUCCCGUUGAAGUCGAGCAUUCCCAACGGGCUCUUCACCGCCGAUUCUACAAACCCCGCCUGGUCGACGUCCCACAAGUUUAUGAUGACCGCCAUGGGCGCAAAGGCCAUGCGGAACUAUGUUCGUAUCAUGGACAACACUGCUAAUCGACUAGUGAAAUGUUUUGACGAGAUCUGCGAGAAAGAGCAGAGUGUUGAUGCGUUUGGGUGGGGACUGAGAGUGGCUGGACAAACUAUCGGAGAGGUCGCCGUUGGAAUGGAUUUCGGGAUGGUCACCAACUCAGACAGUUCUAUUGCCAGAAUUUUCCACAUCAUCGGUGAGAAUCUCGCGCUUGCGCAAACACUCUUCCGCAAAGGUCGUGUCUAUCGCGCACUACCAAAUCCCGAAGCACGUGCACAAAAACGCGCGACUCUCGAAUUCUCCGAGUUCGUCCGCGCUGAGUCGGAGCGAACCUUGAAGGAGCAUACCGAGACCCCUGACAUGCCGUAUGCCAAAGCAGCAGUGGAGACAUCGAGUCUUCUGGAGUACAUGCUGCACGCAACGGAUGAGGAGGGCAAGAAAAUGGACGUUUCUCUAGUCCACGAAAACGUGAUGACCUUCCUUGGUGCUGGACAGGUCACGACUUCGAGUGCUUUGGGAUGGCUCUGGUUUUGUCUGGCCACAUUCCCCUACUACGCGCGCAAACUGUACGCCUCCUUAAUUGCGGCUGGUAUAACCAAGGAUAAAGAGAUAACGGCGGACGAAUUGAACAAACUGGAGUAUCUGGACUGGUUCAUCAAGGAAACCCAGCGACUGUACAAUCCUGCGUUCCAACCUACCCGCCAAGCACAAAAAGACGUGAUCAUGCCGGGUGGAUUUUUAGUCCCGAAAGGCGCUCAAGUUACUGUCGCUUUACAUUCCGUAAUGGUCAACCCCGAACACUGGAAGGACCCACUCACAUUUAACCCUGAUCGUUGGGGCACCGAAGAAGUCCGCAAACGCCACAAGCAUGCCUUUAUUCCUUUUGCAUCUGGUGGACGUGGUUGCAUUGGAUUCAACUUCGCUCUCCAGGAAAUCAAGCUUGUCAUUUCUCGCGUCGUGCUCAACUUCCAGAUUGAGAAUGUGACCGAAGGUGCUGUGAUCUACGAUCCCGACUUCUCGCUGUACCGACCACUCAACUUCCGAAUGCGACUUCACAAACAAGUUGAUCCGUCCUCAGUCGAUCUUUCUAUUCUCGAAACGACCACGUCGAUCCCAGAGGCUGCCAAAGCGGAGCAGGUCACUGAAGCUCCGCAGCCACGUGUGGGGACAAGAAUUUUGCCUCGUCUGUGGGCUGUUCAUGCUUCAAACAACGGUACUUGUUUGGGCAUGGCAGGCGAUGUCGCUGCUCGUGCUCGACGACUUGGCUUCACAGACGUUCAAGUUGUGCGACUAGAGGAUUCGCCUCUGGCCAACGCGGAGAAGACCAAGGAAAUUAUUGAUGGAGACUCUAAUCUAUUUUUGAUUUUCGUGUCCACUUACAAUGGAGAACCCCCAGACGCAGCUUUGGCAUUCUCGGAUAUGCUGGAUGAAGAAAUGAAGCAAGCGAAUGGCAGUCGUUUCGCCGGAAUCAAUUUCUCGGUGUUCGGGGCGGGCAAUACUCAAUGGGGACCCACAUACCAAGCCUUCCCCAAGAAAGUUGACGCCAACAUUGCUGCGUUGGGCGGGAACCGUGUUUUCGAGAAGGGCAGUGGCGACGCCAACGGUGACCAAGAUGCUCACUUCACGGAGUGGAUUACCCGUUUGUGGGCUGCGACAGCCGCCAACUUCGGCGUCGAUGUCCACGGCAACUCUCUCACUGGGGAAAGUCUCCUUACACAACCGCCUGAGCACAACGCAGACCAGGUUCAAGUGGAGUUCGUGGCCCAAGGCAAUUCGACUUCCUCUAUCCUCGCCCAACCACCUGUGUCCGGGUUUGUCCAGAUCAAUGUUGCAGAAAACCUGGAACUUGUGGAUUCGGAAACACCGCUUCCUCGUGGUAUGCGCCUAAUCACGUUCGACAUUCCUGAAGGGUUCAGCUAUCGCGAGGGGGAUCAUAUGGAGGUGUUCCCUGAGAAUGAUCCCGCUGUCGUCGAGAAAUUAUUGGUGUCACUCGACUUUGUUGCGGAUGCCUCGUUUUCGGUCAAGGAGAUAGGGGACGGCGUCAACCCCAAGUCGCUUGCGGCGUUGCUCGUCGGCCGCGGACCCAUCACGCUGCGGGAAUUGCUGGUCUAUUACGCCGACCUCGCUGGCCCGCUCCAGCGCAGCAGUGUCCAGGAGACCUUCCAUCUCCCCGACGACCCGACGGUCCCCAUCACGAUGGUUGCCGCCGGGACCGGCAUCUCGGCCUUCCUUGGGUUUUUGGAACAUCGGCGCGCACAGGGCUACAAGGUCACCGAGACCGCGCCCUUCCGGCUUUACUACGGCACGAGCUACCACGACAUGUCCCGCUUGCGCGCGCUUGUCGCCGGGUUCGCCGCGGGACAGCACCGUCCUGCUUGA